AUGCGGGCAUUUCGACUCCUCCAGACAUUUCUGGGGUUAGCCCCCCUAGCAACCGCCAACAUCGUGACCUUCUCCCCGUCCACCACCCACCCCAACCUCACCUACAGCGUGACCGUCCCGGACACGACGACGCAGCAAAAUGCCGGCCCGAUUUACCUCCAGAUCCGGGCCCCGCGCAGCCUGCAAUGGGUCGCGCUGGGCCAGGGCACCGGGAUGGCAGGCGCCAACAUCUUCGUCGUCUACGCCGGCGCGUCCGCCACGAACCUGACCCUCUCCCCGCGCCUGGGACGAGGACACAUCGAACCGCAAUACACAGACCUAGCCAACGCAACCCUCCUCCCCAGCAGCAGUAUCAGCGACGACACCAUCGAAGCCAACAUCCUCUGCACCAACUGUUUGGCGUCGUGGGCCACCCCCUCUUCCACAACCUACAGCCCCUCCUCCUCCUCCGCCCCCUUCAUCUGGGCCUACCACACCGGCGACCCGCUCCCCUCCGCCUCCCAGCAGGAAACAAUCACCAUCCACACCGAAAUGGGCAGCACAACCCUCGACCUCACCAAAGCCCAAUUCUCGCCCCCGGACAACGCCAGCCCCCAGGAUGCCGAAUUCAACCCCUUCAACCCGACCUCCGCAUCCACAUCCACCACCACGCAAAGCGCAGCGGAAAACACCCUCCCCUCCCCCACGAAAACGCGAGCAAUCCUCAUCGUCCACGGCACCCUGAUGGGCCUAGCCUUCCUCCUCUUCUUCCCGCUCUUCGCCCUCCCCAUCCCGCUCGGCCUGAAAUACAACAUCCCCGCCCUCCACGCGCCCCUCCAGCUCUUCACCCUCUGUCUCAUCGUCGUCGGCCUGGGCACGGGCGUGUACCUCGCAACCACGGUCUCGACCCUGAAACACGCGCACCCCAUCAUCGGGAUGAUUCUGGUAGGGGUGCUGGUGCUGUUCCAGCCGGUGGCAGGCUACCUGCAGCACCGGCAUUGGAGGCGCGAGGGUGCCAAGAGUGUGUUUGGGUAUGUGCAUCGGUGGGUUGGGCGGGGAGCCAUUAUCCUGGGGAUGGUGAAUGGGGGGUUGGGGUUUGCCCUUGCCGGACGCGGCAUGGGUGGGAUCGGGAGUAGGAAUGUGCCGGUUGCCGGGGUGGUGGUUUAUUGUGUUGUGGCGGGGGUGGUUUUUGCGGUGUAUGUUGUGGGCGUUGUUUGGGGCAAGACGAAGGUUUUCCAUCGGGGGGAGGGGUUGAAGGUGAUGGAGAUGGGAGGAGGAGGGGGGAAAGGGGAGGCGGAGGGGGGACAUCGGGAGAAGAUUUAG